AUGGUUCUUUCAGUAAACCCCAGGACAUCAGUUACCUUAAUAGGAGCUGGGACACAAGGCAGAAGGCUUGCGUUUCAGUGGUCGAGUAGAGGAAACGACGUCCAUAUCGUUGACGGGCAAGAGUCUCAACUCCAAGCCAGUAUCGAAGCAAUUGAAGAAUUCCGCUCAAAGUCCAGCAACAAAAACGCGUCAUGGGGAAGAAUCAUAACACAUUCUAUCGAUGACCUUCGUGAAGCUCUGCAAACUGCCUGGCUAGUCGUCGAGUGUGUGCCUGAACAACUCGAGCUCAAGAUAAAGGUCAUCUCAGAACUUGAUUCGCUUGCACCAAAGGAGACAAUCAUCGCGUCUAAUUCUAGCAGUUACUCUUGUUCAGAGAUACUGGAUGGAGUCCGGAUGAAGAAUGAGAGCCGAUUUUUGAGUGCUCACUCUUACUGGCCACCUGAGACAUCCGAAAUCGAAAUCAUGGGACAUGGAACCACAGAUCCUUCACAUAUCACACUGAUGAUGGAACAAUGCAAAGCUCAUGGUUUCUCACCAUUCCACGUCAAGAAGCCAUCAAUGGGGUACAUCUACAAUAGAAUAUGGGCAGCAAUCAAAAGAGAAGCACUACUGGCAGCUUCAGAAGGAGCCGCAACUCCAGAAGAGAUUGACGAAAUAUUCAAGGGCGUGUUAAAAACACCCAAAGGCCCAUUUGAACAGAUGGAUGUGGUGGGAUUGGAUGUUGUUCUGGAUAUUGAGCAGCAUUAUGCUGAUGCUAGGGGAAAUAUCCCAAGCGCGCCACGGGAAUAUCUGCAGAAGUUCCUGGAUGAGGGGAACCUUGGUGUCAAGAGUGGAAAGGGAUUUUACGACUAUGGGAAGUCAUGA